AUGGAACCAGUGGGACCUGUGGGACCAGUAGGACCUAUGGGACCAGUAGGACAAAUGGGACCAGUGGGACCUAUGGGACCAGUAGGACAAAUGGGACCAGUGGGACCUGUGGGACCAGUAGGACAAAUGGAACCAGUGGGACCUGUGGGACCAGUAGGACCUAUGGGACCAGUAGGACAAAUGGGACCAGUGGGACCUAUGGGACCAGUAGGACAAAUGGGACCAGUGGGACCUGUGGGACCAGUAGGACAAAUGGGAACCAGUGGGACCUAUGGGGACCCAGGACACCAUGGGACCUAUGGGACCAGUGGGACAAGUGGGACCAGGGACCUAUGGGACCAGUGGGACAAAUGGGACCAGUGGGACCAUGGGACCAGUAGGACAAAUGGGGACCAGUGGGACCUAUGGGACCAGUAG